GCGAUCGGUCGUAAGUGGGUGUGUUCGUCUUAUCGCGGAUAAAAACUUAUUUCAGUUAAUAUAAUUAAUUGCAAGUUAAACGCCAAGAUAUUAAAUAAUUAAUUCAUUAGCUUUAAUUGAUAUAUGUAUGAUAAAGCCUAAAAUAUGUUGAAAGUUUUGUGGAGAACGCAGCGAAUCUGUGGAAAUAUACUUUCUAUAGCAUUUUUAUUCUUGCUCAUGGAGUCUGUGUAUGGAUAUGGUUUCGGCAGAUGUCCCAAAUAUCCUUCAAUGCCGAAGUUUAAUAUGAGUCGGGUACUUGGACAAUGGUAUGAAGUGGAACGAUCAUUCUACUUGCCAGAAAUAGCCUCCGGCUGUACAACAUUGGAGUUUCAACCACAAAAACAGGAAGAACUUUCUAAAUAUAAUAAUUUCAAAUUGGAAGUUGCUAUCAAAACCAUCAAUCGAUUAACUGGAAACCCAUCCAUUAAUCUCGGAUAUGCAACACCAGAAAGCCGAAAAUCAUCUAUAAUGGAUUUUAAGUUUAAUACACGUUUUCCUGAUGUAAUUGCACGACUUUUACCUGGUUCCGGAAAGUAUCAAGUACUUUAUACGGACUAUGAUAAUUUUGCUAUAUUGUGGUCUUGUGGCAGUCUAGGAUCACUCGGUUAUUCCGACCAAAUGUGGGUGUUUGGUCGUGAACGUGAUUUUCCCGUUGAGGUGCGUACCAAAAUAUAUGAUACACUGAAAAAGUUAAGUCUGGAUCCGGAGAGACUAGUAUUAAGUAAAAAUAAGGAAUGUCCGAAGACCUUAUAAUAACUGGACCACAACGAAAACGAGCAUUUUUACAUAUAUAAGUUUUAUAUUUUUAGAAGAAUUUUAUAUUUUAAGAAAUGUCAUAUCA